CAGCGUGAGGGCUGGCAGCCGGCGAGGACGCCGGCUGCGAAUGCCUCGCGUGAAAUGUAUCCUGCGUGAGGCGCCACUGCUUCUUUUUUGGCAUCGGUGUCGCCGCAGCUCUUGAUCAGGGGUAAAAGGACGCUGGAAACCUGGAAAUCCGUCGUCGGGACGCUGGAAAUCUGGUGUUGAAGGUAUUCUCGCUAUUCUUCCUCGCAGAUCAUUGCUGCUGGCAUUGAAGCUGGCCAGGUAUCCGAGGUUAGUGAGCUCUCACCUUGCAAGUGGUUAGGGAUCCCAGGCUUUCGAGCUGACCAAGCUCGCUAGGGAUGGUUCCAGAGAAGCUGUUUAAAGAGAGAUUGAAGCUCCGGAGUGCGAUGAUUUUUCCCAGCUCUGGAGGAAUGGUGCCACUCAAGUUAUUUGACGACACGUCUAUGGUGGUGGUGAUGGUGAAGAAGCCUCCCACUGUACGAAACACUCCUUUCCAGUCGACAAGAAUGGCAGUGUCAAGGAAGGAAGCCCGGUUGCGAGCAAACUCUUGGUAUAUUGCAUCUCCAUUUGCGUGAGUCCACUGUGAACAUAUGAUUUCCACUCAGUCGUUCUGGGGAAGAACGGAAAGGCCGGUUUGUUGCCUGGUGGAACAACUUGCAAGCGAAUUCCUCCUCGUAAGGCCAGGAUUUGCAGUCUGGGAUGGAUCCACUGAGAUGGUUGAAGGCCAAGCUGAGUAUGUCCAUGUUGACGAAGCCACACAGCUCAUCUGGCAAGCUUCCAGUCAGCUUUUUUCUGCUCAAGUUCAUGAAGGCGAGACGAUAGGUGCUGUUUUCGAUGUCAAGGCCUCCGGUUAAAUUGCUACCAGAGAGAUCCAACUUGACUAGUUUGGUGAAGAUGUUCUAUGGGAUGGGGCCUGAGAAGAUGUUAUUGCCAGCGGUCCAGCAAGUCUCGCAGGUUUUCAAGUCCAGCGGGAAGCUCUCCACUGAGCGCAUUGCCGAAGUUCACAAGGGAUGUAGCAUUGGCGAUGCUCGCUGGAAGGCUGCCAGGUUAUUGCAGAGGUUGAGAACCAACAGCCUUGGAGAGAACAAGCUGCUUCGAAUCGUUCCUUGGAGUUCGUUCCUCUGCGCCAAGAAUGCCUUCCAGUCUUGUACAGUUGGAGGAAUGCUGCCAGAUAGCUGGUUUUUAGCAACAGCACCUCGGCAAGCAUUCGCUGGUAGUGGUGAUCUACAAUGGUCGACUUGCCCAGGUCGGGUGAGCUACAAUGGUGAGCUUCCAAACUCGAGAGCAUUGACUUGUCCAACAACAACUUUAGUGGAGGAUUUCCAAAGUCAAUGCUCUCCAAGUUUGGAAGUUUGCAAAGACUGUCCAUGCCACUACUGAGUCGUCCAUCCAAAUUCGUGUCACGGAGAUGGAGCGAUCCAACAGAGUUAUUGCGACACACCACUCCCGUCCAGCCGCACGGAUUGUUGCCAUUGUUCUUCCGGUCACUUAAGAUGGUACUUCCAACAAGGCUGGAUUUAAACUUGAGCAAGACUAACUUCUCGUCUUGCUCCUGCAUGCACAGUGAGAACAGCGGAAGUGAAUGGAGAAGCACUGCGCACGAAACAUAACAUAGAUUCAUAGUGGAAUCUUUGGGAAUUGCGAUUCAAUUUGAAGACGGGCAGAGGUUAUGGCCCGGUCGAGUCGCCAUGGCAGUUCUUUGUGAAACGAAAGGUUACAUGUGGAUCAUAAACGCAAUUUUAUUUGCAUUACCUCCAA